CUCCAAGGAGAGCUACGGGUGACACUCCUUUUGGCUUAGCUUAUGGUUUUGAAGCCCGGGCUCCCGCUAAGGUAGUAAUCCCCACCAGGAGAGAAAUGGAAUAUAACCCGGAGGUGAACGAACAGAAUCAGGCUGUAGAGCUGAAUUUCGUAGAGGAACGAUGGGAUGAAGCACGGAUCCAGGCAGAGAAUUAUCGUCUCCAGGUGAAAUCUUAUUUUGAUAGCAAGGUGAAACCAAGGGCGUUCCAGGUGGGGGAUUACGUUCUGAGGAAACGGGAGAAAAGUCAACCAACUAAGGGUGGGAAGCUGGCUAAGAAGUAUGAAGGACCUUAUAUCAUCAAGGCCGUUGUUCGCCCAGGUACCUACAAGUUGGUGACUCCCAAGGGGAAAGAAAUUGAUAGGACAUGGAAUGUAGAGCACUUGGUCAAAUUUUAUCAGUGAAAUCAUUUUGUAAAAACGUUCUAUUUUUAAUUUAAGAUGUUUGUUUCAGUAAAAAUUUUCUUUUCUUUUAAAGCCAAGUGCCUUUGCAAUUCCCUUGUUCUAUAGAUUUCUUCAAAAAAGAAAAAAAGGGGGGGGGGGGCAUUACAGGGAAGUAGAUAAGUUUAUGCCACCUGCUAAAAAUAGGGGAGGUAGACAAGUUCAUGCCCCCCCUCCCGGAGGUAAACAAGUUUAUGCCUCCGUCAAAAAUGAAGGAAAGGUUGGGAU